UUACUAAACAACUGAUUUUCGACGCAUUCUUUAUUCAUUUAUUAUGCUCAAUGUAACAGAACAUUCUAUAUGUAUUAUUUAUAUUUCCGUUUAAAUAUAACAAUGUACCGUAACUUAAGUUUUCUUUUUUCAUGGAAAUACACGAUUUUUAAUAAUAUCAAGUAUUUGAAGCUGUACCAUAGAUUAACUUUUCGAAGAAAAUGUCACACUCAUUGGAGCAACAAUAAAAGCAAUGAAAUUGAAAUUCCUUUAAGCAGGGAACCAUUGAAACUAAGUUUUGGCAAUUUAGCUAGAUUUACUGAUGGCAACUGUGUUGCACAGUUGGGGGACACAUCAGUUAUGGUUACAGCCGUUAGUAAAAGCAAAUCGUCAUCUGCUGCUUUUGUUCCAUUAUUGGUGGAUUACCGCCAAAAAGCAGCUGCUGCUGGUCGUAUUCCAACAAAUUAUUUGAGACGGGAACUGGGACCUAGUGAGAAAGAAAUAUUAACCAGCCGUGUAAUUGACAGAUCUGUUAGACCUUUAUUUCCCAAAGGAUUUUCAUCUGAAAUACAGUUAUCAUGUAAUCUUCUAGCCGUUGAUGGAGUCAAUGAUCCAGAUGUAGUUAGUAUAAAUGCUGCUUCUGCUGCUUUGGUAUUAUCUGAUAUCCCAUGGAAUGGUCCUGUUGGAGCUGUUCGAGUUGGAUUAAUUGAUGGUGACAUCAUAAUAAAUCCCACAAGAAAAGAAAUAAACCAAAGCUCAUUAAACCUUGUUGUUGCUGCCACAGAGCAUAAUCAAGUUGUCAUGUUAGAAGCUUCAGCUGAUAAUGUUUUGCAGCAAGAUUUCAUGAAAGCUUUGAAGGCAGGAGUGAAAGAAACACAGCACAUAAUUAGAGUCAUUAGUGAACUCCAAAAGAAAUAUGGUAGACCUAAAAGGCCUGUAGAAGAGUCUUUAGUACUUUCUGUUGAAAUGAUUGAUUCUGCAAAAUUAAUAUGUGAAGCCAAAUUAACUGAAAUCUUGACUGAUUUUUCUUAUGAUAAGGUUGGGAGAGGUCUAGCUAUUGAUGCUGUGAUACAAGAAGGACUAGAAAAACUGAAAGAAAAUUAUCCAGAUGCUGAUGUAGCAGUGCUGUAUGAAGCUCUAAAUAUGGUUUCAAAAUGUACGUUUAGAAACUUGGUUUUGAGCACAGAAAAAAGGUGCGAUGGGCGUAGUUUGACUGAUUUGAGGAACAUUUCAUGUGCUGUUGAUGUAUUCAAGCCACUUCACGGGUCUGCCGUUUUCCAAAGAGGCCAGACACAGGUCCUGUGUACAGUGGCAUUUGAUUCGUUAGAUUCAGCUUUUCGUAGUGAUCCGGUUUCUGUAAUUACAGGUGGAGUGAAGGAGAAGAAUUUUAUGCUGCAUUAUGAAUUUCCUCCUUAUGCAACAAAUGAAAUUGGUCGUGUUGGAACAUAUGGUAGGAGAGAACUUGGUCAUGGGGCAUUAGCAGAAAAAAGUCUGAGACCAGUUGUGCCAUCCGAUUUUCCCUUCACCAUACGUUUAACUUCUGAAGUACUUGAAUCAAACGGAUCUUCAUCUAUGGCUUCGGUAUGUGGCGGAAGUUUGGCUCUCAUGGAUGCUGGUGUUCCUAUUUCAUUGCCAGUUGCUGGGAUUGCUGUUGGUUUAAUUUCUGUUCCGAACGAAGAGAAGCCGUAUGAAAUUGAAGAAUAUAAAAUAUUAACUGAUAUAUUGGGUUUGGAAGAUUAUUUAGGAGAUAUGGAUUUUAAAAUUGCUGGUACAAAAAAGGGCAUCACUGCUGUUCAGCUUGAUGUUAAAGUGCCUGGUUUGCCUCUGCGAAUCAUUAUGGAAGCAAUACAGCAAGGAGCAGAUGGCAAAAGUAAAAUACUAAGCAUAAUGAAUGACACAAUUUCAAAACCAAGGGAGCAGAAAAAAGAAAAUUGGCCCUUGUCAGAAAAACUUGUAGUACCUAUGCACAAGUUAUCUCAUUUUUUUGGAUUUGGAGGUCACAAUAUCAAAAAACUAAGAGCAGAAACGGGUGUUCAGCUUACAUCUAUUGAAAAUGGCGUGUUUUCUGUUUUUGCUCCUAAUGCUGCAGCUAUGUCUGAAGCAAAAGAAAUUAUUGAUCAACUUUUGACAGAAGAGAGAGCACCAGAGCUAGAAUUUGGAGCCAUAUACAAGGCAAAAAUUGUUGAGUUGAGAGAAAACGGUGUUAUGGUCACAUUAUAUCCAAGUAUGAAACCUACUUUAUUGCAUAACUCUCAACUAGAUCAAAGAAAAAUCAGUCAUCCAUCUGCCUUAGGAUUGGAAAUUGAUCAAGAAAUUCAAGUAAAAUAUUUUGGCAGAGAUCCUGCCAGUGGCAACAUGAGACUUUCACGCAAAGUUCUUCAAGCAAUUCCAUCACAAAUUGUACGCAAUCUUGUAGGAGAAAAUGUAUCAAAAGUAGAAAGCACAAAUUCGGCAGAAGCAAAGAGCUGAAAAGUGUAGACAGAAUUUUUUAAAUAUUUCUGUAAAUAAAUCUGUUUUUAGUAAA